AUGAAAAGAGAAACUAAAAAAUCAAAUAAUGAAAUAAAGAAAUCAAUAAAUAAAGAUAAUAAAAUUAAAAAUGAAGAAAAAAAACCAUUAGUAAAUACAAUAAAUUUAAAAUUAUCAUUUAUAUAUAGUUUAAUUGGUGGUGUAUUUGCAUCAUUAUCGUCAGUUUGUGGUAAAGUUGCAUUAGAUUCACAAUUUCUUUCACAAUUUAUUUCAAGUGAUAAUAUUGAAUUAAUAACAAGAGCUAUUAGUAUUGGUAGUAUUUUUAUAUGUACAACUAUGCAAUGGAGAUAUGCUGCAAAAGGAAUGGAUUUAGCAAAUUCAACACUUACAUCAACUGUUAUAACAACUUCAAGUAACUUUUUCUUUACUGCAUUUUUUGGUUGGUUGUUUUUCAAAGAACAAUUAUCAUUUAAAUGGUGGAUAGGUGCAUUUUUUAUUAUGUUUGGUUUAUUUUUAAUGAAUGCAGAUCAAGAUAAAAUUGAAACAAAUCAAAAAUCUGAUAAAUUAAAGAAAAAAGAUUAA